UCACAGGGAAAUGUGUCCUUCUCCUGUUCACAUCCUCAAACUGUCCCUGUGACUUUUCUGAGCUCAAGGAGUUAUUUGGCUCUGCCUCAUCCCACUGGAGAGAACUCAAUAGCUGUCACUUUCCAAUUUCGAACAUGGAACCGAGCGGGGCUGUUGCUGAAAAGUCAGUUUCUACACUGGUCAGGGGCUCUUGUCCUUGUUCUUAGUGAUGGAAAACUCAAGCUGAGCCUCUGCCCACCUGGCCAGCCAGUGAGAGCCGUCAUAGCAGGUGAUGGAUUAAAUGAUGGUCAGUGGCAUUCUGUGUCCUUAUCUGCUAAUGGGAAUCAUUUGAGCCUGAAGGUGGACAAUGAUGUAUCCUCUGCUGCCCAUUCGCAGCGUGGGCAGAUUCAUUCUGCUAAUACCUAUUAUUUGGGGGGCUGCUAUCCUGACAACAGCUCUGGCUCUCAAUGUGAAAAUCCCCUGGGAGGGUUUCAGGGCUGCCUGAAGCUUAUCUCCAUUGGCAGCACAGUGGUGGAUCCCAUCUCAAUACAGCAGGGGGCGCUGGGAAACUUCAGCGACCUUCAGAUAGACUCCUGUGGCAUCACAGACAGGUGUUUGCCCAGCUAUUGUGAACACGGGGGUGAAUGUUCCCAGUCCUGGGACACCUUCUCCUGCGACUGCACUCACACUGGCUACGUGGGAGCCACCUGCCAUUCCUCUCUGUAUGAGCGAUCAUGUGAAGCUUACAAGCACAGAGGAAACUCUUCAGGCUUCUACUUCAUAGACUCAGAUGGAAGUGGCCCUCUGGGACCAGCUCUUGUGUACUGCAACAUGACAGACUCUGCAUGGACUUCAGUGCAGCACAAUGGCUCCCACCUGGCCAGAGUCAAAAGCUCUCAUGGAGAAAGCCCACAGCCUGUGAUUUUCAAGUACAUGGCCAGCAUGGACCAACUCCAGGCCCUAAUUGACCAGGCGGACCACUGCCAACAGGAGGUAGCUUUCCACUGCAGGAAGUCAAGGCUUUCAGCUCACCUUGAUGGAACCCCAGUGAGCUGGUGGGUUGGAAGAACCAAUGAAACACACACUUACUGGGGAGGUUCUCUGCCUGAUGCUCAAAAGUGUACUUGUGGAUUAGAGGGGAACUGCAUUGAUUCUCAAUAUCACUGCAACUGUGAUGCUGACCAGGAUGAAUGGACCAGUGACACAGGAGUCCUUUCCCAUAAGGAGCACCUGCCAGUCACUCAGGUUAUGAUGACAGAUGCAGGCCGGCCACACUCUGAAGCAGCUUAUACUCUGGGGCCUCUGCUCUGCCGAGGGGACAAUUCAUUUUGGAAUUCAGCUUCAUUCAAUACUGAGACUUCGUAUCUUCAUUUCCCUACAUUCCGUGGAGAGCUCAGUGCUGAUGUGUCUUUCUUUUUUAAGACAACAGCUUCUUCUGGGGUGUUUGUAGAGAACCUGGGUAUCACAGACUUUAUCAGACUAGAACUGCGCGCUCCCACAGAAGUGACCUUUUCCUUUGAUGUGGGGAAUGGUCCUUGUGAAGUCACAGUACAGUCACCCACUCCCUUUAAUGACAACCGAUGGCAUCACGUGAAGGCAGAAAGAAAUGUUAAAGAAGCAUCUCUCCAAGUGGAUCAGCUCCCUCAAAAGUUUCAACCUGCCCCCACUGGUGGGCACCUCCUCUUGCAGCUCAACAGCCAGCUCUUCAUUGGUGGAACGGCCAGCAGGCAGAGGGGCUUUCUGGGGUGCAUUCGGUUUCUGCAGUUGAACGGGAUGGCUCUGGACCUGGAGGGAAGAGCCAAGGUGACUCCAGGAGUGGAGGCAGGGUGUGCAGGACACUGCAGCAGCUAUGGACACUUGUGUCACAAUGGGGGGAGAUGUCAAGAACGGCACAGAGGAGUGGCUUGCGACUGUACAUCCUCUGCCUAUGAGGGCCCAUUCUGCUCACAUGAGAUUUCUGCCUAUUUUGGAGCUGGUUCCUCCAUAAUCUACAGUUUUCAAGAGCAUCACAAUUACACCUUCAAUGGGAACUCCAGCUCCUUAGCAGCUUUAUUUCAUGAGGAGCUAACACUAACCAGGGAAAUAGUCACCUUGAGCUUCCGAACCACGGGGACUCCCAGCCUGCUGCUGUUUGUAAGCUCUGUCUAUGAGGAGUACCUUUCAGUUAUCCUUGCCUCCAAUGGAAGUUUGCAGAUCAGGUAUAAGCUAGACAGACACAGAGAGCCAGAUGUUUUUAACUUUGAUUUUAAAAACCUGGCUGAUGGGCAACUUCACAAUGUGAAGAUUAACAGAGAAGCUGCAGUGGUCUUUGUAGAGGUUAACCAGAAUGCAAGGAGAAGAGCCACUCUGUCAUCAGGGGUGGAAUUCAAUGCUGUCAAAUCUCUCGUGUUGGGGAUGAUUUUAGAGCCCCCUGGCGCAGACCCCGAUACGCGGCGGGCGGCAGCGCGCGGCUUCACAGGCUGCCUGUCUGCGGUGCGCUUUAGCCAUGCAGCCCCACUGAAGGCGGCGCUGCGCCUUGUCAGACCUGCCGGGGUCACUGUUCAUGGUCAAGUGGCCGCUGGAUCCCGCUGCGCGGUGGGCGCAGGGCCUGGCUCCAGAGCGCGGGAACUCGCUCCCCGGCUCUCAGGUGGUUCAGGUGCGUACCUCCUUGUGCUUGUUCUCUGUGUGUCACUACUGCUAUAUCGCAGAUUUACUUAGUCCUGUUUGUUGAUUCACCUACUUGGUAUCUGGCCUUUCCCUCUCCUGUGUUCUUCCUUUCAAGUUCAUUUCUCCCACUACAAUUGUUUGUUGUUCCGGUGUUUGUGAAUUACUCUCUUCUCUUCGCUCUGUCCUCCCUUUUUCUACUGUAGGCUAUUCUGGACCAACUGAUGAGGGAGAGCCUUUAAUUAAUGCAGACAGAAGUGACUCUGCGGUCAUUGGAGGUAAUGCGGCUGUUAGCAUGAACCAGAAACCAUCUAUAGCAAUCAGCUCAGACUGCUGGGGUCAAUGGCAGGCCUUGUAAAUUUUCCUGAUAUUUCAUGUAACUUACUGAAUUCAGUUCCUCAGUAAAAAGAACUGAUGGUUCCACUGAAGCACACUUUCUGAAGAAUAGGUAAAACAUUAUAGAAUAGUGAGAAGUUUUUAUUUGAAAAUAACUAUCACUGUUAUUUGAUACAGGAGAUGAUAUAUGUUUUAAAAAUAGUGGUUCUAUGGCUCCUUGCAAUUGCCAUUGAGCCUUCAAAUUGUUAUAUAACACCAAAGACAGGAAUAAGAAGUAUAGUUUUAUAUUUUUAUGUUUGAAAAAUAACAAUUUGUAUUGUUUAGGUGCUUCAAGCAGUAUGAUUUUUGCUUUUAAUUUUAUUUUUAAAUGUUUUGGGGCUAAUGGAAUAAGAGUUCCAAGGUUAUUUAGAAUUGAAGAAGUGACAGUAUAAACAACAUAGUGACUAACACAGAAUUUAUUAAGUUCUAACUCAAAAAACGAAUGUGCAAUUCUCCCUUCUUACAGUUCAAAGAAUUUUUAAAUUCUUGUGUGUGUGUUGGAAGGGGAGUGUUGGGAAUGGGCAGGUCUUGGCACAUGGAAGGCAGGUACUAUUCCACCGAGCUAUCCCAUUUUAAUUGUUUGGAUUCUAUUGAAAUGUGAGUCUAUUGCACACUCUGCUUAGUGAGUAGGAAGUAAACUAUAAUCUAUUCCUUUGCUUUGUCAAAUAAGGUUCAUAACUCAGAGAGCUGGGUGACACCACUUGGUCUCCAUUGCUCAUAUGGGCUGCACAUCAGCUUACAUGGGGUCUGUGUAGUUUAUCUGUAUUCAUCUAGAUGUCAGAGAAUUAGAAGAGUACUCAGACACUUUAAAAAUCUCUGUAAAGAUAUUAAUAUUUCCACCCCUAUCUCAACUACUUUUAUUUUUGUAAUGAUUGAAGUAUGAGGAACUUAUUUAAUAUAACCUCCAUUUUCAAUUCCAAGAACAAAAAAAAAUCCCAUAAAUAUUUUUUAUCAUUUAUAUCUAAAAGAAAUGCUUUAUAUUAGAAUUUAAAUACUACUCCCAAAUCAUUUCUAAUUUAUUUUAAUGAAAAGUAUCCAUUCUAAUGCAAGCUAGUUUAAAAUAAAUGUGUUCUAUAUUUUCAAAGUAGGAAUCCAAGUCAAAAUACUUGCAAACUUGGUGCCUUUUAUUUAAAAGAGCAAAGUGAAUUUUCAUUCUGAUGAUAGCACAAAAUACCAGGCCUUUGGAUCUUUAGAGCUUUUGCCUAAAUAUCAUUGGCAAAAUUUCAAAGUAAAUAAGUUAUACCAGUGUGCUUCCC